GAGCCUCUGAGAGAGUUAAUAAUCUAGAAGGGGAGAUGGCACCUGCACAGGUCUGGAAUAUGAGGCUCUCCUCAAAGAAGGCUGGUUCUGAAGGUUUUAAUUUGAUGACCACGUUUACCCUACUCUCAACCUCUGCAGGAAGAGACUACUGGCAUAAGACUGAAAAAUUGGUGAGCAGCAUGUUUUGCCUACUGAAACUCAUCCUGAUGCCAGUGUUACUGGAUUAUUCCUUGGGCCUGAAUGACUUGAUUGUUUCCUCCCUUGAGCUAACAGUCCGUGUGGGGGAUUCAGCCCUGAUGGGAUGUGUUUUCCAGACUACAGAAGAAAAGCGUGUGAUCAAGGUAGACUGGAUGUUCUCAUCAGGAGAUCGCGCCAAGGAUGAAUAUGUGCUGUACUAUUAUGCCAACCUCAGCGUGCCUGUGGGGCGCUUCCAGAAUCGUGUGCGCUUGGUGGGGGACAUCUUACACAAUGAUGGUUCUCUCCUGCUCCAAGACGUGGAAGAAGCUGACCAGGGAACCUAUACCUGUGAAAUCCGGCUUGAAAAGGAAAGCCUGGUGUUCAAAAAAGCAGUGCUGCUGCAUGUACUACCAGAGGAACCCAAAGAGCUCACAGUCCAUGUAGGGGACUCGACUCAGCUGGGGUGUGUUUUCCAGAGCACAGCAGAAGACAAACACAUGACCAAGGUAGACUGGAUGUUCUCAUCGGGAGAGAAUGCCAAGGAGGAAAUUGUGUUAAGCUAUUACCCUAAACUCAGUGUACCUGUGGGGUACUCCCAGAACUGGGGCCGCUUCCAGAACCGUGUAGCCUUGGUGGGUGACACCUCCCGCAAUGAUGCGUCUAUCAUGCUCCAAGGAGUGAAGGAAUCUGACAGAGGAAGAUACACCUGCAGUAUCCAUCUGGGGAACCUGUCCUUCAAGAAAACCACCACGCUGCAUGUGAUCGUGAAAGAGCCCCAAACAAUGGUGACCCCAGUAGCCCUCAGACCUGAGAUCCUGGGUGGUAAUCAGCUGGUGAUCAUUGUGGGGAUUGUCUGUGUCACUAUCCUGCUGCUUCCUGUUCUGAUUUUGAUUGUGAAGAGGACCCACAGAAGUAAGAGCUCAGUGACAUCCACAACCCUGGUAAAAAGCCUGGAGAACAUAAAGAAGGCUGAUCCAGAGAAACACGUUUAUUCUUCAGUAGCCACACGGAUGCUGAUUGAGGAUGAAGAAUCAAACGGAAAAGCAGAGGCUACCUACAUGACCAUGCACCCAGUUUGGCCUUCUGUGAAAUCAGCACCAAAUAAUCCACUUGAAAAAAGUCAGCUGGGGGAAUUCUAAAACCAGAGCAAGACUUUUGAGAAGAAGCGAGAGUUCCUUUUGUCUUUAGCAGUGGCAGCGGCUCUCUCCUCUGUGUGUCCUGAGUUACUAUGCUGGUCAUUCUGGGACUCCUUGCUCCCUGUGUUGUUCUCUUGCCUCAUUGGUCAAAGGGCUGAAGAAGGAGGGUUCAGAACGUGGCAGAAAGACAGGACAGCUUGGGAGGAACAGGCCCGAUGGAGGGAAGCCUGCAUGCAGUCCUUUUGGACUGGGACACUGGCCCUGGGGACCGUGGCGGAGCUGCUAUGGCGGCCUCAAGCAUUCCAUUAGAUCCUCUGCUUCGACGGUGUUCUUCGUGAUGGGUUCCUGGGAAGAAGUGCAGAAAUAAACACCAACUCAAAUGAUUCCUUUGGCAGAUUAUCCCUAAAUAAACAUGGCUUGUGGAAAUCA